AUGAACCUCGGACCAGACUACUCUUCAGCAUACUGCAUCUUGAACACCGAUUCUUCUUUCACAGGCCAUGGCAUGACUUUCACGAUAGGACGGGGCAACGAUCUCGUAUGCUCCGCCAUAGACCUGAUCGCACCCCUGAUAGUCGGCAAAGACAUCGAGUCCCUCGCACAGGACUGGGGCAAGACAUGGCGUUACUUGACCUCCGACUCCCAGCUGCGAUGGGUCGGUCCCGAGAAAGGUGUCAUCCAUCUAGCCUUGGGCGCCGUGGUGAACGCUUUGUGGGACCUUUGGGCAAAGACGCAGGGCAAGCCUGUGUGGAGGCUGAUUUCGGACAUGUCGCCCGAGGAGCUGGUGCGGUGCAUUGACUUCCGGUACAUCGAGGACGCAUUGACGAAGGAGGAGGCUAUCGACCUGCUCAAAGCGGCCCUGCCUGGCAAAGAAGGGCGGAUCCAAGAAGCGUUGGCGAAUCGCGCGGUGCCGGCAUACACGACCAGCGCCGGCUGGCUGGGCUAUUCGGAGGAGAAGAUGCGGCGGUUGCUGAAAGAGAGCGUGGAUGCCGGAUUCGAAUAUUUCAAGCUCAAAGUCGGCACGAAUCUCGAGGAAGACCGGAGGCGGCUGAGGAUCGCACGAGACAUCCUUGGGUACGACCGUGGAAACGUGGCGGUCGACGCCAACCAGGUGUGGUCGGUGCCCGAAGCCAUCGAGUACAUGAAGCAACUCGCUGAAUACAAGCCCUGGUUCAUCGAAGAACCCACCUCUCCCGAUGAUAUCCUCGGGCACGCCGCCAUCCGCAAAGGCCUGUCGAACACACCCUACGGCCCCAUCCGCGUCGCCACGGGGGAAAUGGUGCAGAACCGCGUCAUCUUCAAGCAGCUGCUGCAGGCGGGAGCCGUGGACAUCAUCCAGCCCGACGCCUGCCGCGUCGGUGGCGUCAACGAAGUCCUGGCGAUCCUCUUACUCGCCCGCAAGUUCGACACGCCCAUCAUCCCGCAUUCCGGCGGCGUGGGUCUGCCAGAAUACACGAGCCAUCUCAGCACCAUUGACUAUGUGGUCAUCAGCGGGCGGAAGAGCGUGUUGGAGUAUGUGGACCACUUGCACGAGCAUUUCGUGCAUCCUUCGUCCACGGAGCGCGGGUUCUAUGUCACGCCGUUGCAGCCGGGGUAUAGUGUGGAGAUGAAGGAGGAUAGUAUGGAUCGGUUUGAGUACCCUGGUGAGGAGGGUAAGAGUUGGUGGAGGACCGCGGAGGCGAGGACGGUCAUUGAUGCUCCACGAGUGCUGUGA